GAAGAACCCGUGCCUGGUCACGCGGGCGGCGGUCCUGGACCUGGUGAUGUGCGUGAGCGGGUCAGCGCUGGACUCUGACGAUCCCGAGCUGUCAGCCCUCUGUGACGACACGCUGAGAAUCCUGAGUGACUCUGAGCUCCUGGCCCCUGGAGGGCCCGGGGCCGUGACGGGACCAGGGGCCACACAGUACCUCCAGAGCCUGGGCAGGCUGGGGGCCAGUGUCUGCGUGGAGCACCCGGAGCUGUGGGGGGCCGGCUCGCGAGGACCCCAGAUCCUGGGCCGUCUACUGCAGUGCCCGCAGUACGAGGUCAGGCGAUUGGCCCUGGAGGCGGUCCUGAGCAGGCUGGAGGGGGCCGGGGCCACACCGCCAGACCUCGGCCCCGCCCACCACACCUUCACCAGCAUGGCCCUCCAUGAGACACACCCCCCGUGUCUGACCAAGGUGCUGCAGGUCCUGUCUCUCCUCCCCUGGUCCUCUGUCCUGCCCUGGAGGGACGGGACCAGGGCUCUGACCAAUGAGGAGGCUCUGACCUGGCUGAUGACCUUGACCGAGGCCUCCGUUCACAGCGUGGAGCUCCACUGUGCUGCCCUCGCCCUGGUCUCUCGGCUCAUGGUCCACCUGGCAGAGACGGCCCCCCAGAGUGCGGGCGUGGCUGCAGUGUCUGUGCUGCACCGCUGGGGGGCGCUGGUGAGCGGGAGCUGCAGUGAGGAGCAGCCGGACGAGGUGAAGCUGACCGCCGCGGAGGUCCUGGUGAAGGCCACGCCCACCCUGCUGGCCAGCCCCGCCCUGCCCCUGGGUCUGAGUGACACGCUGGCUCUGUGGAGGAGUCUCUUCACGCUGCUGCAGGAUGAGGACCCUGACGUGAGAGACAGAGCGUCUGACUUUACCACCACUGUCAAGGGAGAGCUGCUCCACCCCAAACACACAGAUGUGGCCCCUGCCGCCCUAUGCCCCCCUGUGGCCCUGGAGCUGGGGGUAGGGCUCCUGUGCCAGCUGCUCCAGGUGUGGGGGCAGGUGCCCGCGGGCGUCCUGGUGCUGACCGAGUGGUUGCUAGGCGACGCCGAGCCGGAGACGGGCAGGGAGGACACGCCCCCCCUGGACGAGUGUGAGGAGGACUUCCUGUUUGAGAAGGGCGAGCUGAACCUGUGGGCGGAGCCUCUGCAGUGGGCACGGCUGCUGCACAGACACGUCUCCGCCCUCCUGCGCGUGCCGGGCGGGGCCGCGGGCGGGGCCGUGGGCGGGGCCCGGGCGGAGCUGGACAGACUCGGGGGUCUGGCGGGGGACCGCGCCCGCUCCUCCAGGGAGGGGCUCCACGCCCUGCCUCCCCUGCCCCAGUUCUCCUGCACCGCCGACCACGCCCGCCUGGAGGUGCAGAGGGAGAGGGCCGCGCUGGCCCUGGGGGUCCUGGAGUCCCUGAACCGAGACGCCCCGUCCCACUAGGACCCCCAGAAUCCCCCCUGUGCGCCACGCCCAUCCCCCAGGCUCACUACAGCCCCCACACCCCCAGAGACGGUCAGAGUAAGUGCCUGGAAGAGAGAUCACGUUGGGAUGGUGUUGGGGACCCUGUCUGUUGACGUGGUGAUAUUCACUGUGACGCUGAUAGAACAACCCAGAUCCUUUCUGCUCUAGUUCUGUCUUUACAGGGGGUGUGUCCUCCCUCUGCCAGAGCUUACAGUCAGUCAGGGGUUUACCGUCAUGUACACACACACACACACACACACACACACUCACACACACACACACUCACACACACACACACACACACACACACUCACACACACACACACACACACACACACUCACACACACACACACACACACACACACUCACACAUACUCUCACUCACACACACGCACGCACACACACACACACACGUACGCACAAACACACACACACACACACAAACAUAGACACACACGCGCAUGCACAAACGCAUGCGCACACAUACACUCACACAGAAACCUGGACACACAUAACAGAAACAGAUUCACACACAUACAUACUUUUUAACCUCAGGUUAAACCGGGAAGAUGCUCAUAGUACAUUUUAACUGUUAAAUAUUACUUUGUUUCACACCCAGUUGACCUGGGGGAUGAAUAUAAUUCUGUUGUACUGUGUACUGUGCUUUUAAAUAGAGCCUUGCAUGCCGUUGUUUUAGUUGAAUAGCAUUCAUUUUAAAAGGACAUUGAGUUUGAGUGGAGCAGAGUGAAACAUUAUGUUGAAAAUGCAUACACGCAAGGUCCCAGUGUUUUUUUUGUUUGUUUUUUUUCUGCAUAAUAAAAAAUAAUCCGAUUAUAUCAAUAUUUUA